ACAAAUGAAAUACAGUGGUCACAAAAUGGUGUCAAAUGACUUACUGCAUUUAAUGUUAGCUUGCAACGAAAACUCUUCCUUGGUGGUGACUGUAAAAUAUGAAUUCACAAUUAAGAUUGAUUUCAUAGGUACUGAUAAUUUACAGCAACUGCAGUGAGAAAUUGCUCAGAGCUCCUGAAAUUUAAGUCACUGCUACAUAACUUAGUCACAUAAUGUUCCCUAAAGGUUCAUGGUUACAUUGGCCUUCCUUAGCGAUCCUUGCAUGUAGUUACAGGACAGCCACGCCUUUCUAUCACCUAGUAACUUUUUAAUAGUCAACAUCAACUCAGAGUUUCUGAUCUAGAGUUUGAUUUGUCAGUGUAUGUGGAAUACAGAACAUUUUAAACGCUGUUUAGGCUACAAACACUGAAUAGUGUAGUAGCCUAAACCAAGGACAACACGUUGUGGAAGUGUUUGAGCAGAAAAAAAGAAUUGUAGCAGUAUAUUCUGAACAUGAAAUAGAAAUGGCUGAAGGUAAGAUUACACCUGCAGGCAAAUCAGGCCAACUCCUGGAAAAAAUCUGGCACCUGAACUUGCUAGUGAGAGAUGCGCUUCUGAAAAGUGAUCUGGAAAAUGAAGGUAUAGCGGACUAUGUACUUAGACUGAGCUCUUUAACAAAAGAGCUGAGUGGAUCUCUCAGACAGCAGCUGCAGAAUGUUAUGGAAAGCAUUCAAGACACUUGCCACUUGCUGAGUACUCUCCACAACAAACACAAGGAAUUGACCACAAGUCCAGAGCACAAUGCAAUUAUAGAUUGUCUGCAGAAAGUGAAGAAUUAUUGGAUAAAUACAGUCUCACACCUUCAAGAAGCAGAAAAUAAACUUUAUGUUGCUAGCUGCAGACAAGAUGAUGAUUCUCUGAUCCAGACUGCUCAAAAUGCUUCUAGAGAAACAGAUACGUGUCAUCCUGAAGGAGAAGCAACAGAGUCUGUGCAAGGAUCUUCCAGUUCCUGUCAGCAACCCCUAAGAACUCCUUCCCCGAACAAGAUGGAAAGCCAGAAUGUUUAUCAGUUCCAGCCAACAGAAACUGAAAGUGCAGAAAAAGACAUUGUUUCAUCAUUAGCUGAAGGUGUAUCUGCUCAAAAGCAGGACGUUAGGAGGGAAUCUCUAAUGAAAAAGGAAAAUGGUGAACACAGACUACUAACAAACCCUGUUACAGAGAAAAAAGACUGCAACAGAAAAGAUAAACCUCAUGGAAGUAGCUCUGUUACUGAAAAGUCUCCAGAACAGGCUUUUCAAAGUGGUUUUACAAGCAGUGGCAAAGGUGUUCUGUCUGGGACAUUGAAAGAUAUUUAUGACAGAACUGUCACAAAUAAUUUUGAACAGGUAAAGAAGGCAGUAGUCAAAGAAUUUUCAAAAGUGGUAGAAAGUGAAGAACAUGGAAGAACAAUGGAAGACAGUAAAAUGGAAACACAUAAUGAGACUUGUAGGAAGGAUCUACUUACCUUCACAUCUGCAGCACAAAGAUAUGAUCUUACUCCUGUGUAUCCUUCUGUGAAUGAUUCAGAAGUUCAAAAACCUAGGCACUGGAGGAACGAAGAACUUCUAGUGGAAGACAGUGGUAAAAAUGAAGUAGCUUGUUUUAUUAAAGCCCCUGCAAGUGCUUUGGAGAAUCUGAAGUGUAAGAUAAUCAAUGACACUAGUUCCUUGGUGGUGGAUGAUUCUGAGGAGCUGGUCAGCAAUGUCAUCAGUAUUGAAUGCUCUGAUUAUGAGACAACAAUCCCUUUCCCUAUCAACAUUGCAAUUCCAUUCACUUCACACUUCAGAGGAAAUUAUCGGGAGAUUAUGGUGAAGGUGACUGAUGUGAAUUUUCAAUCAAACUACUUAACUCCUAUUUCUUUGGAGGGAUACCAAGGGAACCAUAAGGAAACAUUUGCAGAAGUAAAAGUUUAUCAGCUGGGUGUUUUUUCUGUGUUGUCAUGCUUAAAAAAAGAAACAUUUACUGUUCCAAAAGUAGGACUCUCACAAAAGCUGAGCAUGGAUUCUAGAAUCUCUUUCUAUUACCAUCCAGGAACAUUCAAUUCUCCAGCACCUAUGCAGUUAAAGGUUCAGCCAAUUGAACCAUCAUUGGUUUCGACACUGAAAGCAAGACAUGAUAUGUACCACUCAGUGGUAUCUACCAGCGCACUGAUUUAUGUCCAGCAUCCUUCAGCCCAACCAUUUAACAACUCUGUCACUAUUACUCUACCCUGUCCUCCAAACCCAGAAAAAAAAAGGCAAGGAGAUGAGACAGAACAUACGAGAGCCAUUGGUGCUACAGUAAAGAGGGUUGCUAUGGCAUACCAUCCUUGGGCUGUGAGUGCUUCUGUGAGAAAAUACGGGGAGAAUAUCAGUGACACUUUGAAAUUAUUAGGUCACAGAAACAAAGAAGAGGGGUGGAAGUUGUUUGAUGAUGUUAUUAUCCAGAAUGCACAGAAUGGGCUUGUAUCAUUUGAACUAAAUGAGCAUUUAGAAAGCUUUGUUGUUAUUCGCCUUUCGUUCCUCCUGGAGAACACGUAUCUUCUCCUCUUUGCUCAGGCUCUAGAAGAAGCUGUUUGUAGCACAAUGGCUAAUGUGAUACUGUAUCGGAAAAGAGAAAACCCAUAUAAAAUAGUAGUUUUGCUAUCUGCAUCCAAAGAAUUGACCUGGGAACUUCAAAAUCUCCAUGAGGAGGGCUACUUCGGACCCCCAGAACCUACACAGCAGUUCUCAUUAAGAGAAGGAGAGCAGAUUCAUUUUAGAUUUAGAGGCAAUAUUUUUGCUUCAGAGAACGGAAAAGAUUUUGCAAAAGUCUACAGGCUGAUUUUUCAUUCACAAAGAAAACCUAGGCUGGAACUUCAAAUUAAAGAAGUGGAUGAAUAUGGUAACCACAGCUCACCUCAUUACAAAGGAACAGCAGUGUUUUAUAAAAUUACCAGAGAUAUGAUAACCAAGAAAUGGGAACAACCCUUGCUAUGUGGUGAAUAUCAACACCAGUCUCCACUGUGUAAAUUAGCACUAACAUUACCAAAGCGUGAAAAGAUGAUAAACCGUCCACGAAGCACAAAAAGAAUUUCUUCUGAUUCAUCAGAGGCCCUGUGGGACAACUUGCUAUAUUGGCUUGCAGAAGAGCUUGCAGAAGAUAAUACAUCAUUACUUGCUUUGUGCUUACCUGUUCGGCGAAGCGUAUUUCAGCUUGUUAAGCUGAAGUGCCCUGAUAAUUUAACACACCAGAUCUACGAGCUGCUUUGCUGCUGGAAAAGGACCCUUCCAAGGUCCGCUAAUAAACAGCAGCUCCUGUCUCGCUAUUUGCGGAAGAGUGGCAGAAGUGAUCUUUCAGAAGAACUUCAGUUUAAGUGGCAAAAUAAAGUGUUCACUUGACAGAAUCACUGGCAACUAACAGCCCAAUUUCUCUUGUUGUUGAAAGGUGCAAAUGUUCUGUGAUAUUUUUGGAAGAAUAACUGACAGGGAUACCAGUAAGGGAUCAGACUGCUUAUUUACUUGUUACAUUGCAACCUACUUCACUAAAGCAAAGUAUAAUAGCAAUGUCCUUGCUUGCUAAAAGCAAACAUUUAUCCUGUGGAGAAGUGAGAUUCUGAAAAUGUAGACAUGAAGAAUUCUGGACUGGUCUGCAUAGGUUUCUAAGGACUUCAAUUGUUUGCACAUACCAUACUCAGUUGACAUAGAAUCAUAUUUCUGCAUACUUUAAACACUAGGAAUUAUUCAAUAUGCUUUAUCAAAAUCAUAUUAAUAAUUCCAUGAUAUAUGGAUUACUCUAUAUCCAGUAAUAACAGCUACCAAAUUCUUCAGAAAAAAGCAUAAUAGAUCAUUAUGAUGCACAGGGGCAAUUUCUUCUUACUUUCAGGUUUGUUAGUAAUUAAUCCUGACUUCUAUAUUCUCAGUGAAUGUUUUUUAUCCUUGUGAAUGUCAUAGCACAUUUCAGUGUUAUCACAUGUGAACAUCUAAUCAGAAUUAUCAGAAAUAUCUAUCAUGGUAACUCUAUUUUUUUUAAGGUUGCCAUCAAAUUUGGAAAAAGGAGUAUUUCUCCUUAUUUUAUUCAUUAUACUGAGUUCUUGUAUUGAAGGUAUCGAUGGUAAAACGGGUGCAUUUGUGCAGUCUUUAGGCAUGUAUUCUAAUCCCUAAAAGUUCAUUUGUUUCCAGAAUGCAAAGUAAGACUACCCUAAUUUUUAAAAGUCAGAGAAAUAGAAGGGUUGGACUUUUAUAAAUAUAUUUCUACUGAAAUAAUAUUCUAAUUUCCAGCCUUCUGUUACUUUCUGCUAUAUUGCAGUUCACUUCAUACAAGACACCAAAAUUUUCUCUAAAUGCUAAACUGAGAUUUCUGUUAAAAGUUCAAAGUAGCUGGCAAGGGCCAGCGAAUCACACACUUCUGGGAGGAAGUUGACUGCUUGGUUUUUGCAUGCACAAAUAUCAAUCUGUGAUUACACAGGCUGUCACAUUUGUGCGAUUUCCCUACUGUUCCAGUAAUGUGCAACAGAUGCAGCUGUUUCUUCAAGCCCACCUGUGUAUACUUAGUUUUUAGUUAUUGUUAGUCUUCUGGAUUCAAUGCACCAAUUAUUUUAUGCUUUCAAUCCCUCCCUUCACCACUUUAAUAAUAUAAUAUAAAAUUUAAAUAUUAAUCUAAAUGUUAUUAAUCUAGACUUUAUUAGUAUUUAGACUAUUUGCAAUCCCUGUAUGUCUUGCUGACAAAUCUUGAUUGUGAUACAUAUUGUUAGUCUGGAUAUUUUCUUUUCAGUGAUCAUAUAUUUGCAACAUUUCCAAAUCACUACUAUAAAUGAGAAAACUAUAUUGCAAAAGAUAAAGAGGAAUGGUAUUAAUUAGUUUAAUUAUUCUGUUCAGUAAAUCUCAUCCUGUAGGAUUAUCAGUUUUUAAUUGCAAGACAGAAUAUAUGAGGAAUUUAAAUCCUUGACUGUGCCAUAAUCAUCCUUUCUUUUAUUUUCUAUAAAUAAAGUUUUUUAUUUUUUUUUUAAUCAAAACUGGCUACUUAUUAGUGGAAAACAUUAUCACACUUUUCUCAGUGCCCUAACACAUUUUGGUAUCACAUAUUUUGUCAUCAGUUCCUUCUCUUUAGGAAUCAAUAUUCUAUUGCAGGCUCAGCAGAUCUUUUCAGAACAUGCAUAUAUUACAAUCUUGCUUCAAUGUAUGAUGAUACUACAAAUAAUACUGGAAAUAUUGUAAAAACUUUGCAUUUUCCCAUCUUGAAUAAAAGUAUUUUAGUGCAACUACUGAUAUUCUGCCACAAGAUGGCCUCUGUGUCUAAGAAAAACAUAAUGCCUGUAUUUCACGUGGUGAAAUAUAUGUGAAUAAAA